UCUAGCGUCACUUUUAAAUUUUGAAAAUAAAACCGUUUACGACAUCAGAUCUGAACAGUCGUUUUGUGUAUUAGUGUAGUGGUUAAAUAUUUAAAAUAAAACUAUUACAUGUGUUAUUAAUAUGUCGAGAAUACCUAAGUUACCGGCCCCAGCAAAAGAAAAUAGACCUGGACUCAUCAAUAGACGUCCAAUAUCAAGAACAGUAAAUGGCCUUAGCGCAGAUGACAAAAAGAAUUUACUAUUGAACCACACCAAGCCAGCUGUCCAAACUGGCCCAACAUCUUCAAUCACUGGGGCGCGACUCAAGAGGGCUGCUACUGCACCAGCACCCUCCACCAAUGCAGCAAAAGUUGCUAAAGUUGAAAGAAAACCUCCAACAGUUGCCCCAAAGAUCCCACCUUAUGAUUACAAAGCAAGGUUUAAUGACUUGUUGGAGAAGCACAAAGUGAUCAAGAAUGAUUAUAAUGACUUAAAAUACAAACAUGAAGAGGUUGCUGAUGACUAUGAAAAAAUUAAAGAAUCUGUUGAAACCAAUACUAGAGAGAAGGACAUGUUAAAGGAUAAACUGCUGAAUGCUUUAAAUGACUUAAGAGAAAGGACAACUGAAUUGGACAGUAUUAAGCUUGACCAUGAAAUACAAAAACGCGAAAAUGAAGAAUUGGUACGCAAAACAAAAGUUUUGGGCGAAGUGACUUUUAAUUUAAAUAAGAAGACUUCAGAAUUUGAUACACUACAGGAAGAAUUCAAUGAUUUGACCCGGCGUCACAAUGCCCUCCUGGCGGAGGCCAAAGUAUUAAGAGAAAAGUCUGAAAAGCUUGCUACUCUAUCUGAAGAUUAUGAUAAACUUACUGUUGAUUAUGAAGAAGCAAAAAAGAAGAUAUCAACAAAUGAAGCUGAUGUAGAGAAACUGCAGAACAUUUUAGCUGGAAUGUACCAGGGUCAAAGAGAUCUGAGAAACACCAUUCAGGAUCUUAAAGGUAAUAUAAGAGUAUAUUGCAGAGUACGACCACCAUUAGAAUCAGAGACAAGCAAGCCAUUGUUUAAUCUCAAUGUUGUGGAUGCCUGUACUAUAGAAGUUGAAAAGGUUGAGUUGAAUGCGUUAUCCCAAUCAACGAGGAAGGGCAAAUCUCAACACACCUUCAGCUUUGAUGGUAUAUUUACACCACACUCAACCCAGGAGACCGUGUUUGAGGAAGUAUCUAACAUGAUCCAGUCGGCACUUGAUGGAUACAAUGUGUGUAUCUUUGCAUAUGGACAAACCGGCUCUGGAAAAACAUACACAAUGGAAGGAGGUUGUGGAACAGAUCAAUAUGGUAUUAUACCACGAGCAUUCAAUUUCAUGUUCACAUGUAUGGAGGAUCUAAAGAGAAUGGGCUGGCAGUUAACCAUAAAAGCAUCCUUCCUGGAAAUCUACAAUGAAGUAAUUUACGAUCUGCUGAACUCCUGCAAAGACCAACUAAGCCAUGACAUCAAGAUGGUUAACUCCAAAGGGACUGACCUCUAUGUCUCCAACUUGAAAGAAGAGGAAGUUAAGAGCUCCCAUGAUUUUAUCAAACUGAUGGUAUAUGCCCAACGUAACAGACAAACUGCCGCAACACUCAACAACGAGCGAAGCUCCAGGUCUCAUUCAGUGACGCAAAUUAAGAUUUCUGCUAUCAACGAAAUACGGAAAGAGAAGUACACAAGCCAGUUAAACUUGGUGGACUUAGCCGGGUCAGAGAGUGGCAAGACCACUCAGAGAAUGGACGAGACGAAGCACAUCAACAGAUCUUUGUCAGAGCUGUCUAAAGUCAUUCUGUCUCUACAGACCAACCAGGCCCAUAUCCCGUAUAGAAAUUCAAAGCUAACUCACCUGCUGAUGCCGAGCCUUGGUGGCAAUUCAAAAACCCUCAUGUUGGUCAAUAUCAACCAAUUCGAUGAAUGCUUUGGUGAGACUCUCAACUCUCUACGCUUUGCGACAAAGGUAAACAGCUGCCGAACAGUGAAAGCCAAAAAGAACCUAACAAUGGUUGACAUGUAGUUUAUAUUAUUGAUUUUAUCUUAUUGACAUGUUUAUUGUAAUUCUUUAAUGGGGCUAUUGCAGUUCAAGAUAUUGGGCGAUUUCAAAGAAAAGUUUUUAUACAUGUAUACUGGUUAAAUUUAAAUAAUUUAU